AUGAAGGAGGAGUCGGAAAUCGCUUACGAAGAGCAGCCUGCUGUGCCUUCUCCUGAGGAAAUUUCCCUUUUGCAUGAGCUUCUGUUCGUUUUCUUGGUCUGUCUCUGUCAAAUCCUCACCCAGGCUGGGGUAGCCCAGACCAUCAACCCCGUGAAAGAGAUUGGAAGCACAUUCGAUGUCCAAGACCUGCCAGGUAAAUUAUCGUGGUUCUCAGCGUCAUACUCCCUCACUGUGGGUACAUUCAUUUUGAUCGCUGGUCGUUUAGGUGACUUGCACGGCUACAAGCUAAUAUUCAACUUGGGAUUCAUGUUCUUUGGGAUAUGGUCGUUGAUCGCUGGCUUCUCUGGCUUCACCGACUCUGAUGUUUUCUUCAACGUUGCUAGGGCGUUCCAAGGUCUUGGACCGGCUUUUUCCAUGCCUAAUGCCGUGGCUCUUUUGGGACACUAUUUCCCAAUGAGCAAGAAGAAAAUGAUCUACAUGGCCAUGUUUGGCGCUGUGGCACCAUUUGGCUUUGUCCUCGGGGCGAUUUUUUCCGGUAUCUUUGCCCAGUUGGUCUGGUGGCCCUGGGCAUUUUGGGUCAACGGAAUCGUUUGCUUAUGUGUGGUGGUUGCGCUGUACUUCAUCAUUCCGAAGAACAUUGGCAGCAAAUCUCAAGGAUCUUUCGAUUGGUGGGGCUCAUUUACGGGAGUUUCCGGCUUGGUGCUUAUUAACUUUGCCUGGAACCAGGGUCCAAAUGUGGGCUGGGAUGUACCUUACGUUUAUGUCCUUCUCAUAGUUGGUUUCCUUUUCAUGGGCGCUUUCUGUGUUGCAUCCAAGUAUGCCGCCAAUCCGUUGCUCCCCACAUCUUGCCUCAAGGGCGAAACCGGUUUCGUGUUAGGCUGUAUUGCCUCCGGCUGGUCUUGCUUUGGAAUCUGGUUAUACUACAGCUUCCGUUGGGCAGAGACCGUUGACAACUUACACCCGAUUUUGAGCGCUGUUCAGUUUAUUCCAGCUCCCUUUUGUGGCUUGUGUGCCGCCGGCUUAACAGUCUUCCUUCUCCGAAAGUCGUCGCUGUCUGUCGUUAUGGUGGUGGCAUUGUUAGCAUUCUUCGUGGGUAUCGUGCUCAUGGGUACUAGAGCGGAGCACCAGAUAUAUUGGGGUCAAAAGUUCUUCUCAAUUCUUAUUCAGAGUUUCGGAAUGGACAUGAGUUUCCCGGCUGGUACGAUGAUUUUGUCCAGUGUGCUUCCCAGACAUCAGCAAGGUCUCGCUGGCUCGUUAGUCAGCACCUUUGUCAAUUAUUCCAUUUCAAUUGGUCUUGGUAUAGCUGGUACUGUUGAGUAUUACACCACCAAGGAUUUGACUCCAGGAUAUGAGACAACAGUCAAAGGUUAUAGACAUGCAUUUUACAUUGGCAUGGGGCUUGCAGGUUUGGGAGUCAUUUUGUCGGUGACCUUUUUAGUUCUUCAGUCAUUUGGUAACCAGAAAAGAGAUAGUAACUUUGAUGAUGGUCUCAAGCUGGGAAGUUCGACAGAGUUAAAGGAUGAGGUAUAG